AUGAGAUUGAACAAUAUCACCCGCUGUGCAGUUGCUAGCGGCCUUCUAGCAACCUGUGUCUCAGCUGGUCAGAUCACCAAGAGCUUAUCCAAGAAUGCGCAAAAUCUUUUUGACUGGUCAAUGCAUGUGAAUGACCUACGCUGGGACGAUUCGUACAACUUCAUCUGGUAUUCCGACAGUGGUCCUUGGUCAACUCGCUUCACAGCGUGGUAUGCUGCGGGUUUACUAUUCCGUAACAAAGGGCAAGAUGUGUCUAAUGCGAAAGCUGCUAUCGAAAACAUCUUGACGUGCCAAAUGACCGAGAGCUAUGAUUCAGCCUGGUAUGGUACAUUCAAGCGUUCUCCCGAUGAGCCGUAUCCGACUCCAGACUCAGAGCUGUACCCACCAGAGAUAUACAGCACAUAUGACCCGAACUGGAGAGAAUUCAUUGGAACGCAGCUUGUACAGAUUGUGGAAGAAUUCUCCAAUCUACUGGGGGACAGCCUCGUAGCACGCAUCGAGGAUAGUCUGGAAAUUGCGGCUGUGGGCUCUAUGAGGCGUAAUGGGUCAUAUCCCGAGGGUGACAAUCUGACACCAGCCUACUCCAAUCCAGCUCUGAUGCGUGCCUGGUACGUUUCUUGGAUUGGCACACGCCGCAACAAUGAGACUUUCAUCAAAUAUGCAAAUGACCAGGCUGAUACUAUCCUGGAACUCUUCCAAUCCACUGGCUCGAACGUACUUUCUGAAUACAAUGCACCGACCUACUAUGGAAUGGAUACCUGGGCACUUGCCGGCGCCAUCAAAUAUGCGCCUAAAAAUGCCUCGAUUGCCAAAAACGCCAAAGUGAUGUUGACGGACCUCUGGGCAGACAUUUCCGCUCACUACAAUCCCUAUCUUUCAGUAAUGUCUGGACCGUACGAUCGAGCCUACACACGCGACAUGGUCACGAAUUCUGCAGUCAUCGAUUACUUCUGGUGGGGUCUGUACGGCUAUGGCACUGGACCGCAGCCAAACAAACUCGAGUCAGACCUGCUAUUCGAUGUCUCUCAAGGCUCGGCACUGGCUCUUGUGGUAGACGUCGUUGCGGCACACAUCUCCAAGAACGACUCGGCUUGGCUCCAGUCUCAAGGAGAAUGGAGCGGAGAACGCAUGAUCACCAAGAAAGUUCCCGAUGCGCUCGGUGCCAACUCUGAGGUCCGCAUCAUUACCUCGUGGAUCAGCUCAUCUCUCAUGGUUGGUGCCGAGCAGGUCAAUGAGACCGUCAACCGUGGUGUGCAAUACGUUCCCGCGAUUGUUCAGUGGGCUGGUGAUAAGGACCACAAACCUCAUCCGUAUAUGUCGUUCUUCUCCUUGUAUCCGACUGCGUCGACUGUUGAUGCAAUUGCAGGACCCAACAGCCUGGAAAUCUCGUAUCCCAAUACAACGCAAGAUGGUACAAAUAUUUUCACCUUUGCGCUCGCACAGAUACCACCCAGUUGGACUUUGAUUAAGAAGAAGGUUGUGGAUGGUCUUGAAGAUUUGCCUUGCCUUGAUGUCACGGUCAGUGCUGAGGGCUUGGUUAAGCAGCCAGUGGUAUAUGGUGCUACACUCGAGGACAACCGUAUCUACAACAUCUCUUAUGUUGUUCCUUCUGGGUUUGAGGGCACACCAAAGGUCGCGUUCAAGUUCAAGUAUACUUGUUGA